AUGGGGUUGAAAGAUAUUACAUCUUCCCUAUCCUUGAAGAGUCUGGACUCCAGACUUGAUCCGGGGACGGACCCUAAGCGGAUACAAAAAGUGAGUAAAGGUGCGACAAAACCUCGGUGGAACACGAUGGAGUUCAAAUUUUAUUAUCUCAUGUUUGCAAUUGUAGUUCCACUAAUGAUAAAUGCGGCUCUAUCGGCCACCAAUGAAAGAAGCCCUAAUUUCCCGAGGUUUGAGCCUUUACUCAGCAAAGGGUGGAUCAGGGGCCGAAAGGUUGACAACAGUGACUCUCAAUAUCGAUUUUUUCGCGACAAUCUGCCAUUACUGGUUGGAUUGGUGCUGCUGCACUCUUCGUUAAAAAAAGCAGUUGUGGGUAUAACCAAGUGCCAAAAAGCUACAUUUGAUCUCGUUUUUGGGCUAAUAUUUUUAUUUGCGGCGCAUGGGAUCAAUGCAAUUCGAGUGCUGACGCAUGUCUUGAUCAGUUUCGCUAUUGCCAAAUGUUUUCGAAAGAGAACGAAGCUGGCAGUACUCUUGACAUGGGUGUAUGGCAUCAGUACGUUGUUCAUCAACAAUAGUUAUUGGAAUUACCCAUUUGGCAAUAUCAUGAGUGCAUUAUCCCCUUUGGAUACGUCCUUUAAAGGCAUUAUUGAACGUUGGGACGUUUUUUACAAUUUCACUCUGCUAAGAACGCUAAGCUUCAACAUGGAUUUCCUUGAGAAAUGGGAGGAGGUUAAAGCGGGAAAGAAAACUGUAUUUGCCUCUCCCGCACCACCAAGUAAGCCAGAGUUGAAGAGAUCCACGUCAUCCACACUAGAGACGAUAUGUGAAAAUGGAAAAAAGGCUGUUCUCCUCGAAGAGCGGGCGAGACUGUCCGCUCCCCACCAUAUCCAAGAUUAUUCCCUGUCGCACUACAUUGCCUACAUCACCUACACUCCGCUUUUUAUUGCUGGGCCAAUUAUUACCUUCAAUGACUAUUUAUAUCAGUCUCAACAGACUUUGCCUUCCAUCAACCGGCGGGCGAUUAUUGUUUACGCAUUGAGGUUUGUCUUUUGUGUGCUGACGAUGGAGGCUGUCUUACACUAUAUCUACGCUGUUGCCGUUUCAAAAGCCAAGGCCUGGGAUGGGGAUACCCCCUUCCAAAUUUCAAUGAUUGGUCUAUUCAACCUUAAUAUCGUUUGGUUAAAGCUCCUUAUCCCAUGGAGACUAUUUAGGUUAUGGGCCCUCAUUGACGGAAUUGAUCCUCCUGAAAAUAUGUUACGCUGUAUGAAUAAUAAUUUCAGCGCAUUGGCUUUCUGGAGAGCAUGGCAUAGGUCUUUCAACAAAUGGGUUGUUCGUUAUAUUUAUGUUCCUCUGGGUGGCUCAAGCCAUCGAAUUUUGAGUUCCCUGGCAGUAUUCUCUUUUGUGGCAAUUUGGCACGAUAUUGAACUAAAGCUCCUGUUAUGGGGCUGGCUCAUUGUACUGUUCCUUUUGCCUGAAAUAUUUGCACAACAGGUAUUUUCGGGCCAUCAUAAGAAAUGGUGGUACAGAUUUGUACGCUCGUUUGGUGCCAUACUGAAUAUUUGGAUGAUGAUGAUCGCCAAUCUUUUCGGAUUUUGUUUAGGCUACGAUGGCACAGUGCAUUUGAUAAAGGGGAUUUUCUUCACCUGGUCUGGCAUCAAAUUCUUGAUUGGCGCUAACUUAGCUCUAUUUAUUGCAACGCAAGUGAUGUUCGAACAAAGAGAACAUGAAAAACGCAAAGGUGUUAAUGUGAAAUGCUAA